GCCUCCUCCGCGACCUGGGUGUGCCGCUCAACCCCAGCCAGCUGUCACAGGCAAUUGCUCAGCUCGACACGUCACAAACGGGCCGCAUCACGUUUGGCGAAUUCUUGCUGUGGUGGAAGGGCUGGCGAAUGGCAAGACGAUGGCGGCAAGCCGCAGUUCUGCAAGCUUCCACGAGCGAGGCAACACUGGGAGUCGGGCGUCCUGGAGGCAGUGAAAGGUACCCGGCACUGGCUCGAGUGGUGCAGCCAGCCAUCCUGGUGCUGUCGACAGGCGACACCCUUGCUGAGUCCCCAAGGAUGCUGACCUGGCCCACGUUCCUAGCAUUUGUCCGGGUAUCCGGCGAUGCCUGA